UCCUGGGUGACGUCACACGCAGGGCGGUGCUACGAGCAGGUGUAUUUCACAGGUGUAAAGAGAAGUAAAUGCGAGCGCGUUUUGUGCGCUUGUUUGAUGUUUGUCUCAGGAGCGUCAUGGCCCCAGAGUGCGUCGGGGGCUGCGCCGCGUUAUUCGCCCUCGGGCUCGCGUUUGAUAUCACCGGGUUCGUCUUGCUUUUAGUCGGGAUUUUUGCCAAUCUGCGACUGGACGGCAGAUUUUACGGAGACUUUCUAAUCUACACUGGCUCCUUAAUAGUGUUCCUCAGUCUCUUCUGGUGGGUCAUGUGGUACACGGGGAAUAUUAAAGUUUCCUCGGAGGAUCUGGAGAAAACCACCUUUGAUAACUUUGCGCACUGGGCGCGGAAACUCUCCGAGCGCCUGUCCAAGAGCGGGAAAAAGCCUCUGGAAGCCCGAGAGAAGCGCAUCGAUAACGGGAAGAACGGCGAUGUGACACAUCACGCUCCGACGCGGAUAACGUGGGAAAACUCGGGAACGGCGGGACGCGUCAAUGAAGCGUACGAGAGGAGCUGCGAUGAGAAGACGGUGGAGCUGGAGAUCCUGAAGAACUCCGAGAUGUUCGGGAAACAGGAACGAGUCCUCUGACACCGAACCGGUGCUUCUCUUCCACGAGAGUCUGACGAAGAAGGAGAAAAGCAGCAGUUUUUAACCAAACCUUCAUAUUUGGACUGGCUGAGAAAUGAAGUCAUUCAUCAGGGAAACGUUUUUAAUUUGAUGCAUUUCUAUGAGCACUUUAUACAUGAUUUAUGUAUUUGUACUUUUAACUUGUACAUAUGAAAGGUAAACUUCAGAUUUACCAUCUUUAUAAAAUAAAGGGUUGUCAGAAAAUGA